AUUAUCACUGAAUCAAGUAUACUUUUAGAAAAUGGCGGACGAAACACAACAAGACAGUACGAACGAAGCAAACACUGGCUUUUUAAUGGGUAUUUUCUCAGAAUUGUUAGGUAGUCCCUUGAACAUUGCUUUAUUGGGUGUCUGUGGCUUUUUAUUGUAUAAGAUUAUUGCUGGCAGAAGAAAUACCGGCACACCUGCACCCAAAGAACCAGAGCUUCCACCUUUGAAAAAACAGGACUUUACUCUUGAACAGCUAAGGGAAUACGACGGUAGAAGAAAGGAUGGGCGUAUUUUAAUAGCAGUUAAUGGGAAAGUUUUUGAUGUAACGAAAGGCAAAAGAUUUUACGGUCCAGGUGGUCCUUAUGGUUUAUUUUCUGGUCAUGAUGCUUCCAGGGCUUUAGCUACUUUUUCAUUAGGAGAAGAUUCCCUUCGAGAUGAAUACGAUGAUCUGAGUGAUUUGAAUAGUAUGCAGAUGGAUAGUGUACGUGAAUGGGAAAUGCAGUUCACAGAAAAAUAUGUAUAUAUCGGAAAAUUAUUACAACCUGGAGAACAAGCAACAGAAUAUACUGAUACAGAAGAUGAACAGAGUGAAGAAAAAAAAGAUAGCGAAAAGAAAUCGAACUGAGUAGUUCCAUCCAAUAUAGCAAACUGUGAUUUGCCUAACUGUAUCUUUUUAUUCCUGUACAUUGUAAUGCUGUAAAUGUAUGACAAGAGGAAUUAUAUUUUGUAUCGAAUCGUUAAAUUAACAAUUAAUUUCUUUGAAGGGUAAAGCAGAGUUCAAUCUCUCUUCCUAAUGAAUUUAAAGUAGAUCUAAUAAUAAAACAAACAUGUAAAAUGUUGAUAUAGUUUUUAAAUGCUAGAUACCUUAGAAGUAUGUUUGAAUGAGAUACACUGUAUUAUAUGUACACUAUAUACUAGGUAUCUCAGUAUAUAUUUAUUUUAAUGUAUAGUAAUAUCUUUAUCUUUAUCUAAUCUUGACUUUGUGUCUGGGUUCAAAAGUUAACGAUUAACUUAUGGAUGUAGUUCAAGAAUUUUUAAGAAAUGCUAAGAAAACGGUACGUUUAGAUGUUUUUUAUUUAUAGUACAGUUACUUGUUGGAAUUCAUAUCUAAGAACCAACCUGAAAACUUAAGACCAAAACUAACUUUCUCUCUGUAUUUCUCAGACAUCAUAAUAUUUGUCAAACCUCUACAGUUACACAAAAUAUGUUCAAAAACCAUAGAAAGCAUGAUUUGAUUUAAAUCUUGACUAAUUAAAUUACUAGAAUAUUUUAAUAGUUUAAAUUUAAUUGUAAUAUGAAUACAUAUGAAUACUUUGUAAUUUGAGUAAAAGUUAUUUGAUAGGAUGUGACAUGAUUAUUUAAUUAAUAAAGACUUUCUAUAAUGUAUUAUUAUGAAUAUUUAUGUUUUUAUAUUAAGUUGUAUGACUAUUGACGCAAUGAUGUGGUUAAUGAUACCAAUAUUUAAUAUGGUGUUUAUAACAACAAUUUAAAAAAAUCUUACUUGCAGAAUUUUAUAUUCAUCUAUUUUAUUUUUGCAUUAAUUUAAAGAGGUAUGCUCACUUUUACAAAGGAACUGAAAUGUAACAAUAAAAGUUAAAAAUAACUAAAAUAUGUGUAUCUCGGCAAUAAUAUAUUGGCAGAUUUAUCUUACAUUUUACACAUAAUCUCAUUUAAUCUUGAUCAGCAACAUCCUCCAAAUCUAAUGAAAAUUAUUUCUUUAUUUGAUUUCAUCUUUACGCUUCUUAUUUUAUUUUGUACACAACAUAAAUUUUAGAUAUGUUCAGGACAUAUACCACCGACUGUUAUGUACAAGACUUCAAUAAGUUAAGAAAUAGGUCCAAAUAUGAUCACUUGGCAUGAUUGAAAGAGAGUUGUUUUCAUUGACUGUUUUAGACUACACACGUGAAAACAUGAUACAGGGUUAAACUUGUCAGAAAUUCAAAUUGAAAAAAACAUGUGAUUUUAACCAUAUUAUGAUAAUCAUCAUAGUCAUAUUACAUGUUUAACAUUCACCGUAAAAUUAUAUCUGUAACAUGAAUACAAUGUUAUUAUAAUGUGUGCACCUUUAUAUUUUGUUUUGCACCUGUAGAAUAGUCUGAGAAUAUGGAUAUAAAUUUAUAUUGUUAUGACCUUAUAUUGUACAUGUGGUUAAUAUUGUUGAACUAUCCACUUAACUGUCUUGUUGGACAAAUUAUAAUUUAAAGAAAAUAUGGUCAAAAUGACACGCCCUCUUUGACCAAAUUAAACAAGUGUAUCUUCUGUAAGUUUUGUAAUACUGUUUUGUUUUAUUGACCAAUCUUCAUAAAAGUGUUUUAUGGAAAUGUUUAAACCUCAGUGUUUAUUCAAGCACACACAUGGUCAUAUGUUAUCAUCACUAUCUUCUGCUUAUCUAGCAUCCAUUCAUUAUUAUGUUGAAAACUUAACUCGAUGGUUUUAAACUUUAUAUUGUUUACAAGGUCAUGAGAAUGAAUGAGCAAUUAUGUUUCAGCUUUUAAAUGUGGUUAAGUUCUAGUUAGAAUAUGUUUAAAGGAAAACUUCAGACAUUGCAGUGUUAUUAUUUUUUUAUUCAUAAUCUAAUAUAACAAUAGUUUUAAGAAUGUACAAUUUGAUGUAGAAACAGUUUUAAUUAACACACUGACCGAUGUGAUGAAUGAAGCAGUCAGUCACUAUAAAUAACCAAACUGGCUUUAAUAGUCUUUCUGUUUGUGUGUUAACCUGUAACCAUCUUGUUACAGCGACUGACAGUUCCCCUGGCAUGUUAAUUUGUUAAUGCCAAUAUGAUUGUACUGGAUGGUUAAGUGUAGUUGAUAUCUAUAUAUUACGCAAUGUCUUGCACAAGACCAUUAAACAGCUUAAAAUACAGACACUAUCCAGAACAUGCAUUUCAAUGAAAUUUGUCACACUUGUCCAAUAUUUCAACUAGUAUAAAUAAUGUACUCUUGGCACAUUGCCCAUACCAUUAUUUGAAAUAAUGGUACGCCAACAUCAAAGGAUGAGGUCACAUCUGUAUUUUAAAACUAUUUAAAUAGAUAAUAUAAAUAAUCUGCAACUGUUCCCCUUUAAACCUUCUGAUGGGGGAUUUAUAAACGAGCCUGAAUGUGUUCACUAUACUUUUAAAAAGGAAUCUUCCAUAUUUUUAUAAGUAUUACAUAGGGAUAGUACAAGUUACAUUCUUUUCAUUAAAAUUGUUUUUCGGUAUGGAUGUAAUGUCCCUUUAUGGAUUAUGUUCAUUUAUGAUAUGAAUAAAGGAGUGUAAUGUAUAUAAAGAAAAUCUUAGGGUGGUAAUAGUUCAUAGAUAUGUGUAUGGAUAUUUCAUACUGUAAGUUGAUUAGGUUUACUGUAAUUAAAUAAUUUGUUGAAAUAAAAACUAUCAAAUGUAAA